AUGAGACUUAACCCCACGAAGUGUGCCUUCGGCGUAGCUUCGAGAAAAUUCCUAGGCUUCAUGAUCAGCCAGCGGGGUAUUGAAGCCAAUCCAGAAAAAAUUCAAGCCAUUUUAGACAUGAAGAUACCCAAGACGAUCAAGGACAUCCAUAGCCUUACCAGGAGCGUUGCGACCUUGAUCAGGUUUAUCUCCAAGGCUAUUGAUCGCUAUGCCCCAUUCUUCAAGGCCCUUAAGGGCAAUAAGCGAAGCAUCACAUGGACUGCCGAAUGUGACAAGGCUUUCAGCGAGCUCAAGGAGUAUAUGAGCUGGACCCUUUUAUUGUCAACACCUGAGCCUGGAGACAUCCUCACGAUUUACCUUUAUGUCUCGACCACGACAGUUAGCUCAGUGCUCAUCCGACCAUAUAAAGGUGCUGAACACCCAAUGCACUAUGUUAGCAAGACAUUUCAAGAUGCCGAGGUUCGGUACCCACUUAUCGAAAAGUUGGCCUUCGCCCUAGUAGUUUCGGCUAGAUGCCUCAGACCAUACUUCCAAGCUCAAUGA